AUGGUCACCAAGAGCAAACUCAAGAUGGCCCUUGCCGCCGAGAAGGGUGUCGAUUUCCAGAAACUGCACCAGAAGAAGGCCCGUAAGGAAGCCGCCAAGAAGAACCCGUCGCAAGGCAAAGGCAAAGGCAAAGCCAAUGGCGGGGCAGACGAUGAAUGGGAAAGCGCCGAUGAGGUCCAAGAGCAAGCCGGCGCAUCCGCCUCCGAAGACGACGAGAGUGAGGAUGAGGAGGCCCAGCAUAUAUCCGUUCCCAUGGAUGACGAAUCCGACAGCGAUUCUGAAAUCGAAAUGGAAGCGAAGAUCGAGCGCAAACCCAAGUCCAUAUUGAAAGCAAAGAACGCCGCAAAGAGCGCUGCCAAGAAGGUUGCCGACGAGGAAGAGGAGGAUGAAGAGGAGGAAGAGGACGAGGAAGACAUACCCAUGUCUGACCUAGAGGACCUGCCCGAGGAGGACAAGGAAGAUCUCAUCCCCUAUACCCGACUCACUAUCAACAACACCACCGCCCUCACAGCCGCCCUGACUCGCAUCGCAUUACCUACCGACAAAUCAGUUCCUUUCGUCACACACCAAUGUGUAACUAGUUCCGAGAAGACCGCAGACGAAAUCGAGGACGUCCAGGACGACUUGAAGCGCGAGCUGGCUUUCUACAAGCAGUCUCUGGAAGCCGCCAAGAAGGGACGCGCUCUUCUCAAGGCUGAAGGCGUGCCCUUCAGCCGUCCCAAUGACUUUUUCGCUGAGAUGCUCAAGGACGAUGGCCACAUGGAGAAGGUCAAGGCUAAGCUGGUGGAGGACGCAUCCGCCAAGAAGGCCUCCGCAGAGGCUCGCAAACAGCGUGACCUCAAGAAGUUCGGCAAGCAGGUACAGGUUGCCAAGCUUCAAGAGCGCCACAAGGAGAAGAGGGACACAUUGGAGAAGAUCAAGUCCUUGAAGCGAAAGCGCCAAGAGUCUGGUGAUGCUGCUGGCACGAACGAGGCUGAUCUCUUCGACGUCGGCGUUGAUAGCGAACUCAAGCAGCAAAAGUCAUUUGGCCGUGGUCGCGAGGGCCGCGACGGUGGAGCUGGCGCAAAGAGGCAGAAGAAGAACGAAAAGUAUGGAUUCGGUGGCAAGAAGAAGCAUGCCAAGUCUGGUGAUGCCAUGAGCAGUGCGGACAUGAGCAGCUUCAGCGCCAGGAGGAUGAAGACGGGCGACAAGGGCAAGACGAUGAAGACAGCCAGAUUAGGCAAGGCCAGAAGGAAUGCUGGUGCUCAAAAGCGAUAG